CUUAAAAUCCGCUAGUGGUAGGCCGGCAUGAAGGCGACGUUCUCGACGACAGCGGACGCACCCUCAUAGCGGUGGUCCCUCGUCGACCCAUCCCUGUCGGUGUCCUGCACGCUGUUCUGUGACGAUGUGCCAGCUGUUGACGUGGGACAUGCCGUGCUCAUAAGGUGCAGCACAGUAAACAGCCAUUCGCACCUCUCCGCUGCCUCACCGAUCCUCCCAAGUGCGUCGAGGAGGUCUGCAUGGAUAACCAAUGACUCCACGAGCAGCAGCAGCUCAGCUGGCAGCACGCGGGCAGACGAAUGAGUGGCGUCGGCCGUCUGUUGAUCUGGUCGCUCGGUAUCGCUCAGCUCUUUCUCCAGUGCCGCCAUCUGCUCUGUCCAUUGUGCUUGAUCUUCUUGUCCCAUUUCUCGCAGUGGUUUGAUGUGCUGAAUGGCCUCCGAGAAGGUCUUGCAUCGCAGCCGCGCCUUGACGAUAAUGCACACAAGCCCUCGACGACGGAGACGAAGCAAAGCAGCAUCAGCAGAGUCAGGUGAAGCAUUCAGCUGCUCGAUUGCCGCCUGUGCUGCUGCCACAGCCUCUUCGUACUUGCCCCGCCGAAGCAGAGCCUCAGCCAU